UCUGCCCGCCGACCACUGCAUGCUGCUGCCCAGCACCGUGUGGCGUGGGGUUCCCCGCGGCCUGUACACGCGAUGGCCAAGCGCAGCUCGCUGUCCAUCCGCAUCGUGGAGGCGAAGAACCUACCCGCCAAGGACAUCACCGGAAGCAGUGACCCCUAUUGCAUCGUGAAGGUGGACAGCGAACCCCUCAUCAGGACAGCCACCGUGUGGAAGACCCUGUGCCCUUUUUGGGGUGAGGAAUAUCAGGUACACCUGCCACCUAGUUUCCAUGCUGUUGCCUUCUACGUCAUGGAUGAGGACGCCCUCAGCCAAGAUGACGUCAUCGGCAAGGUGUGUCUCACCCGGGACACCCUAGCCUCCCAUCCUAAGGGUUUCAGCGGGUGGGCGCACCUGACCGAGGUUGACCCUGAUGAAGAGGUGCAGGGCGAGAUCCACCUGCGGUUGGAGGUGGUGCCAGGGCCUGGGACCCAGCAGCUGCUGCGCUGCGCCGUGCUGGAGGCCAGGGACCUAGCUCCCAGGGACAGGAACGGUGCGUCUGACCCCUUUGUCCAAGUGCGCUACAACGGCCGGACCCAGGAGACCUCGAUUGUGAAGAAGUCAUGCUACCCACGCUGGAAUGAGGCCUUUGAGUUCGAGCUGGAGGAAGGGGCAGCAGAGGGGCUGUGUGUGGAGGCCUGGGACUGGGACCUGGUCAGCCGCAAUGACUUCCUGGGCAAAGUGGUGGUCGACAUGCAGAGAUUGCGAGCCUCGGGUCAGGAGGAGGGCUGGUUCCGCCUGCAGCCCGACCAGCCCAAGAGGCGACGGCGGCCGCACGAGGGUACCCUAGGCUCCCUGCAGCUGGAGGUGCGGUUGCGGGAUGAGACCGUGCUGCCCUCUGGCUGUUACCAGCCCCUGGUGCAGCUGCUGUGCCAGGAGGUGAAGCUGGGCGCCCAGGGCCCAGGGCACCUGCUGCCCAUCCUAGAGGAGACUACCAGUGCUGAGUAUCGCCAGGAUGUGGCCACCAACCUUCUGAGGCUCUUCCUGGGGCAGGGCCUGGCCAAAGACUUCCUGGACCUGCUCUUCCAGCUGGAGCUGGGCCGCACCAGUGAGGCCAACACCCUAUUCCGGAGCAACUCCCUGGCCUCCAAGUCCAUGGAGUCUUUUCUGAAGGUGGCGGGGAUGCGGUAUCUGCACGGCGUGCUGGGCCCCGUCAUUGACAGAGUGUUCGAGGAGAAGAAAUACGUGGAGCUAGACCCCAGCAAGGUGGAAGUGAAGGACGUGGGGUGCUCCGGGCUGCAUCGCCCGCCCACCGAGGCCGAGGUGUUGGAGCAGAGCGCACAGACUCUGCGCGCCCACCUAGGGACGCUGCUGGCUGCGCUCUGCCGCUCGGUUCGCACCUGCCCCGCCGUGAUCCGUGCCACCUUCCGCCAACUCUUCCGGCGCGUCCGAGAGCGCUUCCCGGACGCACAGCACGAGAACGUGCCGUUCGUCGCCGUCACCAGCUUCCUGUGUCUGCGUUUCUUCUCUCCGGCCAUCAUGUCGCCCAAGCUGUUCCACCUGCGGGAGCGCCACGCGGACGCCCGCACCAGCCGCACCUUGCUCCUGCUGGCCAAGGCUGUUCAGAAUGUGGGCAAUAUGGACACGUUGGCUUCCAGAGCCAAAGAGACGUGGAUGGAGCCUCUGCAGCCCACAGUGCGCCAUGGCGUGGCACAGCUGAAGGACUUCAUCACCAAGCUGGUGGACAUCGAGGAGAAGGAGGAGCUGGACCAGCUGCAGUCGCUGAGCUUGCAGGCGCCGCCGGUCAAGGAGGGGCCGCUCUUCCUCCACAGGACCAAGGGCAAGGGCCCGCUGGCCUCCUCCUCCUUCAAGAAGCUCUACUUCUCUCUCACCACUGAGGCCCUGAGCUUCGCCAAGACGCCCAGCUCCAAGAAGAGCAUCCUCAUCAAGCUGGCCAACAUCCGAGCUGCCGAGAAGGUGGAGGAGAAGAGCUUUGGCAGCUCGCACGUCAUGCAGGUGAUCCAUACGGACGACGCGGGCCGGCCACAGACCGUCUACCUACAGUGCAAGUGUGUGAAUGAGCUGAACCAGUGGCUGUCGGCACUGCGGAAAGUGAGUGUCAACAACCCCGGCCUGUUGAGCUCCUACCACCCUGGCAUCUUCCGUGGGGACAAGUGGAGCUGCUGCCACCAGAAGCGCAAGUCAGAUGUGGGCUGUGACAAGACUCGGCCACGGGUGACCCUACAGGAGUGGAACGACCCUCUGGACCAUGACCUGGAAGCACAGCUUAUCUACCGGCAGCUCCUGGGCGUGGAGCCGACCCUACGGGAGAAGUACCGGGAGCUGAGCCGGGGCCCAGAGGCAGGUGAAGGUAGGCUCCCCGAGGCCCCCCUGGCUCAGCUGCUUCAGGUGCUGCAGGACCUGCAGGAGGCACAUGGCCGCAGCCUGACCAGCCCUCCACCUGGGGUGCCCAGGCACCUGCCAGGGCUGCCGACGUGAGACCAGCUCCACCCCUCGCCGGGUGCCUGGAUGCCAAUGCUGUCGCUGUCACCCUAGUCCCAGUCACCAUGGUGCAGGGCCGGGGCCUCUCCUGGGCCUGGUGAGUUUGAGGGAGAACCAGGGGCCAGGCAUUCCGGAAGGCAGGAGCGACCUCUGACGUGGCGUCUGUAGGGGACUGUAUCCUUCUGGCUCUCCUGUGAGGUCCCGUGGCCCAGACUCUGCCAGAAUGACAAGCCCAGCUAGAAACCUCCACCCCUGGAUGGUCCACCCUAGGUGGGCUGCCCUGUUGGACCCCGGAGACCAGCCCCACUACCACUGCCUGGCCACCCCCUGGGCGGGGGGUUGUGGUGCUCUGACAAUAAACCUGUCGUGACUUCCCA